GUUUGUUCGGUUCUGUUGUUUGAUUAAUGUUCAAAAAGACGGACUGUCCCUUUCUUUUCCGGGUGUUUUUGUGGUGUGAACAUGAGCUCUUCUCCAGUUAGGGACAUUGAAGUUAACGUAGUGUCAUCUCCCGAAUCCUCAAAUAGCAGAAACAAUUCUCCAGAACCGGCGGAUUUUGGCACCAUGGUGAACCAUCAUGUGACUACGUGUUUUCCUGUGAUCAGGACCAGUAGUGAUGACGAGGAAAGGGCCGACAAGGACCGAAAAAUUACGGCAGCACAAAAAAGUAGUUCAACAAACUUUUCAAUUUCGAGUAUAUUGUCGCGUGAUGAGCCAACGGUCAAAAAGCCGGGUUUUACGAGUUCUUUGACAAAUGGACAAAGUGUUUUAGAUCCUGGAAAUUCAAAUAGUGCUAUGUUGUCAAGGUUAGGAAUCAUGACUCACUUUGGAGCAUUAGCGGCGGCAAGUAGCAGGUACGCCGCCCUUUGCGGGGCCCCCACUGACCCUCGGUCGUUACCCUGGUAUUGGGGACGGAUCCCGACGGCGCACAUUCCAAGGGAGAAACUUAGUCCCACAGGUGGUUCAAUCAAUGAUGAUCAAUCCCCACCCCUAUCCCCAAGAGCCGAUCACACGCAAAUUCUCAAAAAUGAAUGUCGAUCUUCACGUCCCUCCUCCCCCUCUGAUCACCAACGGUCUGCGACGACAUCGCCUUCGCCAAUGCUUUCCUCACAUCCUGCCUUUAUGGAACCCAAUUACGGAAAUCGAUCAAAAAGCCCAAUGGAAAGCUAUGGUAGGUCAAAAAGUCCGCUAUUUAGAGAUGGAGAUAAUAUGGUUAUAGAUGAAGAAGGCGAAGAUGAGGAGAGUGACUAUGAUAAUGAAAAAGAUAAAAAAGUAACAGGACCUGGAGGUAUGAGCCCAGGAAAUUCAUUAUCCAAUAAGAGAAAAAAGAAAACAAGGACGGUAUUUUCUAGAUCGCAAGUUUUUCAAUUAGAAUCUACAUUUGAUAUGAAAAGAUACCUAUCGUCAUCAGAACGUGCUGGUCUAGCUGCCAGUCUACACCUUACCGAAACACAGGUUAAAAUCUGGUUUCAGAAUCGCAGGAACAAAUGGAAGCGUCAAUUAGCAGCUGAACUAGAAGCUGCUAACAUGGCCCACGCAGCUCAACGACUCGUGCGAGUCCCCAUUCUUUAUCACGAGUCGGCUAACUCCUCCAUAAGGCACCCCUUUGACCAAAAUCAUGGAUCAUUAGGUCUACAUCAUUCUUUGGACACACGAGAGAGUGCGGCCAGUACAGGAUCUUCAGUAGUUUCAGCAUCACCUGGCGGUUACCCUAGUUCGUUAUACUACCAUCAUCAGGCAGCAGUUGCGGCAGCAGUGCAUAGUUUACCAUCUAGUCCGGUAAAUAGACCGCCAAUGUCAGGGUUGGUUUGAAACUUACAGUUAGCAGUAAGUUGGGAUGGUUGUGCAAGAAAUUUUACGUGAGAGUGUUCUUCGAUUUCAUAUAGGUACGAGGGAAUACUUGCAUCAACUAUAAUAGAUAGGUACUAUAGGUUAAACGUGCAACAUAUGUGGUGUGAGAUAGUGAUUGAACAUUUCAAAAAUAAGUUGAUAAACAAACAGGGUUUUCAGGAGUCUCAAUAAAACAAUUUUUUAAAUUUAUGUCUUAUUUUGUGAAAUCAAUAUCGACAUACUCACAAACCAUUUGAAUCUGUUUUAUUGAUUUUCAGGAUUAGUCUUCUUAAAAAGUACCUACCCAAUAAAGCGGUUAAUUUCAAAAUACAAACUAUUUUUUUAGAAAAAAAAACGUAACCAGCCAAAUGUAUAUUUAUGGAACCAGCCAAAUGUAUAUUUCGCGCCCCUGGAUAGUAGCUAAAGCGAAGCUUUAGAAAGCCAAGUGCACAUUUAGCUGAACUAUGUAGUAAGUUUUGUAAGUGUGUAUUUAUAACGAAAGCUUGAUGUAAAUAUUUUUGUAUGUAUUUAUUUAUUAGCUUGAUGUACAUAGUAUAUAUAAAUAUUUAUGAGCAGCUACUGCAGUUACCCUACUAUGCCAAAACUACCUAGAAAUUUAAAAUAUUGAAUGUAUUAUUGUGUAGCAAAAUUUAAUCGUUGUUACGUAAAUA